GGUGGUGGGGGGUAUGAUUAUGCAUAAAAACAAACAACAAGUAGCGCUGCAGCAAAACAUAUAGCGGUAAAUGAACGCACACAAGUACGAAAACAAGUUUCAACGCCGCAAAAAUCGUACAAUUGGCCGCCAUGGAGUUCAUUAGCCAGUUCAUUCGAUUGGCGAGCGGACGCGCCACCGGAUUCAUCCCAAUCCUGCAGAGAAAUCGGUUUGGAAUCAACCAAACACAAUCUUUAAUCGAUCAACAGGCAUAUAGCACCAUGGACACCACAAUUCACUCAGCGGGCAUUGCCGAGAUCCACCAAGUUCCGAUGAACGUCAUCCAGAGACCCAUACCAUCCGUUCUGGACGAGAAGAAGGUGCAAUCCCUGAUGGAGACAAUUAAGGGCGAAACAAGCGAGGAUGAGGUGCCCCCCAUCGACCUGUUGUGGAUCUCGGGAAGCGAGGGAGGCGACUAUUACUUCAGCUUCGGUGGAUGCCACCGGUUCGAGGCAUACAAACGACUCCAGAAGGAGACGAUCAAGGCGAAACUGGUGCGGUCAACUUUGGGGGACCUGUAUCACUACAUGGGAUCCAGUGCACCUAAAUAUUUGGCCUGAUCUUUAUACUAAAUUCAUAGCUGUUCUGUUUUCAAGAGCAAAAACCUUUUUCGUUGAUUUAUUUCUUUGAUAAGAGAGUCGUGUUUUUACUUAACGCUGGAUAAAGUUCUAAUUUCACGGCUAAAGCAAUAACAAUAGCUUUAUUCUUUGUUUUGUUUUAAUCAUUAACUUUUUGCUUAUAUGGAGCUUAUCUCUAGGCUCUAAAUUUGUUUAGCUUAUCUUUGAUACAUAAUAUUAUACUUCCAAAUAUAAAACAAUCGAAACAAAAACAGGCUCAGGUGCCUGUUUAAUGUGCCUUUAAAUAAAUACGUACACUUUUUUUAUGACAUAA